AAGAGAGUGCGAAUUCCUGCCCGAGUUUGUAAUCACGCUGUGUCUGACCUCACUAUCGACACAGCAGCUGAUGUACCGUGUAUAUCAGCGUCUUUUAUUAAAUCGCAUCCAGUCCUGCAACGUUUACCUCUGAAACCUGUGCCUCCUGGCGCAAUUCAGUUGAAUAGUGCAGAUGGCUCAGCGUUGGAAAUCCUAGGAUACAUACGUUUUAAGCUCACACUGGGAGAUAUCACACUACCAGUGGAGGCUCUCGUGUUGCCCAACCUAGGUCCGGAUAAGAUGUUGCUCGAUAAUAGCAUUAUAAAUGCCUUUGGUGCCGUCCUUGAUUGGUGCGGUGAGCAACUUUCAUUAAAAAUUCAACACGAAAAAUUCCGGCAACUCACAGACGUACGAAUAGUCAAGUGGACACCAAUAAUGAUGCCCCAGCGCAAAUUUCCAUAGUGACGCUUGACCCAUCGAUAGGAGCGGUGCCCGUAUAUCUCUCUAAGAGAUUCUGCAUCCCCCCCGAAAGUGAAAUGGCAGUAGACGUCGUGACACAACACGCACCACAGGCAAACACGCCUGCGUUGGUCGAGCCACGGAUUGUCACUGCCCAAGACAUCGAAACGUCUGAAAAUAUACCCGAAGCGUUCCGUACAAUCGUAGUCGCUAGAACGGUAUGCAAUUGGUCAGCAAAGGACAAGUCCGCUGCAGUACAAGUUGCUAAUCCAUCCAAACGACACGUUCACAUUGCACGCGACACUAUUUUGGGGUACAUUUCGCCAGUAAAAUCGGUUGCCGAUAAAACAGUUAGCGCUGUCAAUAGCGACCAAACCACAUUCCGACACAAGCGAGACGAGUUGAAACGAGCCAUGAAAAAAGCUUUCACGAGCACUACAUUAACUCCUCAUCAAUGUUCGCAAGUCUUGGAUUUAUGCGCGAAAUACCGUAAUGUGUUUUCAUUAUCUCCGAAGGAGCUCGGAAAAUGCACGAUAGCCAAGGCAGAUUUUCCGCUAGAACCAGGCACUAAACCAGUCGAUCGUGCUCCCUAUCGUACUAAUCCUAGAGCGCAAGAAGUCAUCGACAAGUGUGUGGAACAAAUGGAAGACGAGGAGAUUAUUGAACAGAGACCUAGUUCAUGGGGAUCUGCUGUUACCAUCGUAGCAAAAGCUGAUGGCACUCCUCGAUUCUGCGUUGACUACCGCUCUACUAUUAACAAGAGUUUAAUUCAAAAAUCUUGGCCCAUGCCAGAUAUAGAAUCCCAUAUUGAUACCGUUGGAGGUGCAAAAUUUAUUACUGUCUGCGAUAUUCAGUCAGCCUACCACCAAAUUGAAGUAGACGAAGCAGAACAAGAAAAGACCGCUUUUGUGACACACAAAGGGAAAUGGGUUUUCAAACGCCUCCCGUUCGGGAUUGCGAAUGCUCCUUUUCUGUUUGCCCGUAUGAUGUCUCUGGCAUUCUCUCACUUCGGACCACGCAGUGGACUUGUGGUGUAUAUAGACGACAUUAUUUGCUGCAGCUCAAAUUGGGAGAGCCAUCUAACCUUAUUAGAAAGCAUGCUCCAAGCACUCCAAGCGGCCGGUUUUACCUUGAAACCCUCCAAAGUACAAUUGGGACCACAGGAAGGUACCUAA